AUGGAAAUAAGAAAAUUCACGGGACAAGCUAAGAACUGCUUGAGCUCGAGCCGAAUUCAACUCACUAUUAUUGGUGUUACGUAUUUCUUCUUCAGAACGGGGGUCAGCAUGUUUGACACUAUCGUAGGACCAUACCUUCUCCGUGCCGUAUGUGAAAAGAGAUUUCUGAAUAACAUAACAAUUUGUGGCAACAUUGAGCAACUUCCGGUAAUUGAAAGCGAGGUUAGAAAAGAAGCUGGAAUUUAUUUCAUAAUAUAUCGUUUAUUUGUGAGUGUUCCUGUCAUUUUCUCCGGAUUAUUUUUUGGAGCAUGGAGUGAUAAGAGAGGUCGAAAAAUACCAAUGUUAGUCCCGUGUGUUGGAAUUAUAUUUUCAGCAAUAAUUUAUAUAUGUAGUAUGUACACGGGUUCUCUAGCUGUAUGGAUUGCCCUUCUUGGAACCUUACCACAAUCAGUUUUCGGAAACACCGCUGUUGCUGCAAUGUCUGUAAAUUCGUAUGUGGCAACAGUUUCGGAUCGAAACCAUAGGACAAAGUACAUUUCUUUAUUUGACGGUAUAAGUGCUGUAGGACAAGCUUUCGGUGCCGUACUAGCAGGACUUCUGAAGUGGGAGUUGUUGAUUUCUUUCAGUGUUGUUGUGGGUAUACAGUGUUUGACAGCUCUAUCAAUAGCGGUGUUUGUACAAGAAAUUGAUUCUACAAUGAAGAAUGAGUAUAUAGAACAUAUUGAACUAGAGACUGGCAACAGUAACUGCUCUAAGAUUUUGAAUGGUAUAAAAACGUAUACAGAUUUGUUGAAAGAAAGUGGCACAAAUUCGUUUCGGUCCAUUGUCAUGGCUUACUUGAUCCUGACAUUUAUUUACGGCUGUGACACUAAUGGCGUAGAUGAUGUAUUUCUUAUGUAUGUAACAGCUCGACCGUUCAGCUGGACAAAGUCAUGGUACUCGUAUUAUCUAGCCAUCAGAUGUAUUACUUACGGUUUCAGUCUUUUAGUGCUUUUACCGUUCAUGUUACAUGUUUUUAAAAUGUCCGACUCGACUGUCAUAAUUCUAGGAUUACUCUGCAACGUAUCUCGGUAUUUUGGAGUUGGACUUAGUAACACGUCCUGGAUGAUUUAUGCACUGUUGAUCGUAUGGACCACAGCAUUGUUAGCCCGACCAUGCAUAUGGUCAAUCUUAAGCAAAACUGUCAACGAACAUGAGCUUGGUAAAAUGUUUAUUAAUUUCGCCAUUAUUGACACGCUGUCAAAAUGCAUUGGCUCUGCAGUUUUUGUCUAUUUGUACAGUUCAACUGUUAAUAUAUGCCCGGGUUUGGUUUUCUACGUAAUGGGAGGCAUAAAUGUUCUUAUUUUAGCCGCACGUAUCUCAAGUAAGUGUUUUAGGAAAGAUGAAAAACUUUCAAUAACGAGGAUUGUCACUCAGUCUUGCGAAUGCAGACGACCUGAAACGGAUGUACCAGCACAAAAUCAAAGCAGCAACGAGCUGUCAUCGACCGCUUUAAAAGAAAUUGAACUAACAUCAAAACACAUACAAAAUGCAAUAUCCAGUGGUAAUUCAAACACAAAAUCAUUCAAAUAUUGCUCUACUGAGAAAGUCCAUUUAAAUGAAACAUCAAGCUUCAAAAAACAUAAAUAUUCCUCGGAUUGGCCAAAAUCUUGAAAUGUUACAAAUUAAAUAUGAUUAUGUAUAAAUAGUGUUCUGGGUAUGUCAUAAUAUUAUUUCAAUUUAUGCAUUAAAUUAUUUACAUCUCUUUUGAAAAGUUUACACUUCUUAAAUUCUUUUUUCUUCAUUUUUCACAUAUUUUAUGUUGUUAUAUUUUUCGGGUCAUUUCGGUUAUUUUCGUACUUUGCAAGAUUUUAUCUGCAAUCAAACUUGUCCAAGACAAUGUUUCCAAAUACAUACAGGCCAUAUUUCGUUAAAUCCUAAAAAUUAUUUACAUAUUAU